AUGAUGAUGAAUUCUUCGUUUCUUUCAUCGGCUUCCUUUAGUGGCCAUCCAUCAACCAACACAGUAGUGGUUGGUUCUUCUGCUCCAACCAUCCAUGCUCAAUAUCGAUGUGAUGUCUGCAAAGUGCAGCCUAUUCAAGGAAUCCGAUAUCAUUGUGAUUCCUGCACAGAUUAUGAUAUGUGCCAGAAUUGUUGGAAGCAUAGAAGAAACGAACAUCCGUCCUUUCAUAACUUUUCAACCUUCGGAACAGCAGGAAGUGGUAGUUUUUUGACGAAUAAUAAUAUAUCAAGUUUUUCAAGUAAUGUUCCAUCAUCAUCGUUUAAUACUAUUAACAUGAUGAAUUCUUCAUCGAGUGUUCCAUCUAGCCUUCCAUCUAACAUGAACACAUCAACAACCUAUACACCUCCAUAUCAACCACCAAUACCAACAAAUAUUCCCAACAACCCAUCAGUACAGCCUCUCUCUCAGCGUGUAUUUUACAAUCAACUUCCGCCAUCAACAAAUAGUCAACCAACCACUUUUUCUCCACCAAAGCCUUUACUCAACCCAACUGUCACUUCAUCCUCUCCUAGUAACGUAAAAUUACCAAGUGGAAAUGUUAUUCCAUUCCAACCAUCAACAACAAGCGGAAGUAGUGUCAAUAACAGUAGUAGUACUCUUGCCCACAACACCACCCACAUCCACAUCAAUCACACCAUACAUGUCAGUGCUGUAACAAGAAAAUUCCAACAAGUAUCUUUCAAUGCGAAACAUGCUUUGAGUUGA